UCAUUUUCGAACACAAGAAAGUUUCUGUCGCGAUCCAUGGAAAAUGCAGCAAAGAUUUUGGUUUCGAUUUGCUUAACACGCACUUCAAUCACUUUCCGCAAAUUGUAGAAGUUUUACAAUCGCGUUGUGUCGGGUUAAGAGAAAGUAUUCCCCACUGUUCUUGCCAUUGUAGCACCUGGAGUAACAUGAACUCGCUGGCGGCUAUUUCCACCAUCCAUCGUCCACGACUAUUGUCAGAUUGUGUCUUAAUUCCUCGGUGCCGGACCGCGGUGUGGAGAGCCUUCUUUAAGAAAGUGGUCACUCGAAAGGUCCCGUUCAGUCCAGUUCCUUUGAGGAAACGCGUGAGGUGGUGAACGAUUGUUGUUGCAAAAGUAUAACGUAAAGUUAAGUUUUCAAACGGGAUAGUGAUUACAAAAGACUGUUUAGAAUUCGUAAGGUGGCGAUAUCGUGCGUUUUCUUCAGAAGUUAGGAAACAGGUGAACGCAAUCUCCGAAAGAAUGUCUUGAUGUAAGGACUUCCCCUCGCAACGUCCUCCAUAAAACUGAUUAUAAGAGAAAAUCAUAAUGAAGCAGUUAUUGAUUUUAUUCCUUUUGGCACCUUUUUGUUUUUGUGUGAGCGACUGGCAGCCUGUGCUGCCUGCCGACGUCUAUCGCCAUACUCACAGCGGCGUUUCGUCCGCCACCGAGCCACCUUCAUACAGUCGUUUAAUCGCUCAACAGUAUAAACAGCCGGCCCUGGACAAAUCUAUCGCGAGUGAUCAGUGUGAACUGCACAAAGUCGGUUUUACUCAGGACCUUUAUUUUCAAUAUAUCCAAUACAAAAUCGGCAUUCCAGAAUUAAAGGAAUUUACACUUUGUUAUUGGUCUAAAUUUUAUAAUCACAGUAACGAUCAUCCCGUAUUUUCAUAUGCAGUUGAAAAUCAACCACGUGCCAUACUUGCUUGGGUAUCAAAUACCGAAAGAUCGAGUUACUAUAGUUUAUCAGUUCAUGGACACACACUCUAUCGUCUUAAUUAUCCUUUAAGAAUGAACAGAUGGUACCAUUCCUGUCAGAGUUGGAACGGACGAACAGGCGAAUGGCAAAUUUGGGUAAAUGCCGAAAGAGUUGGACGAGGCUUCCUUAAUAGGUUAGUGGAUCACAAAAUACCAUCUGGAGGAAUAGCGAUCACCGGCCAAGAACAAACACAAUACGGUGGAGGAUUUAUCGAAGGAGAUUAUGCUCCCAAAGGCGCAGGGGGAAUGCUUGGGGAAAUAACAAUGCUUCAACUGUAUAAAGUUGCCUUGACAGCUGGUAAAGCUCAUAGAGACCACAAACAUCAUCACGGUCAACUUUACGAUCACGAUGGCAAUUUAAUUACUACAACACCAUUACCUCUUACAUCACCCAGAUCGACACUUCCCCCUCACCCUCUCUUAAUAGGCGGUCAGCUCAAUCCAGAAGCCGCUUUCGAAAUUGCUAGCAGCAACUUACCUGGCAAAGUACCGCAACAUUGGGUUACUUGGAAUUUUGUACACAACCCUUUCUUCCCACACCCAGAUACUUUGCCUGGACCUCCUGGUAGAGGACCACAAUUAUUCUUCAGCCAGCCUUCCAGACAAGCCAGUCCAGCUCCCUCCAACACUAGACCCCUCAUCCUCACCGGUAAUUCGUUACAAAAACCGCAGACCCAAUCUCUCUUGCAACAACAACUGCUUCAAAACAGUGUUAAACCCCUUCCUGCCACACCUAUUUUACCUACCCCUGGUCCGUCUCUUCUUAGUGGAGAGUUAUUCCAUUCAAGGUUAUCAAACCCAGCAAGUGUACAAUUUAUAGACAAGACCCAGCUUGAAACCCAUCAGUUAUUUAAAAGGGAACACAAAAAAGACAAAGAAGUUGAGAAUUUGUCGAUAGAAGAUGACAAAGAAUUCGGAAUGAAAUUGUCGUCGAAAAGAAAAACUAAACGUCAAGGAGAUAACUCAGAAGAAACAGUAAUGAAUGGUGACAGCGAUGAAAGUAACGAAUCUUCCGAUUCGAAAAAGAAAAGACAACUAUUUGUUGGGUCGUUUAGCGAUAAUGACUACCUUGGUGACACUCCAACGUUUGAAUUAACAUUUGAGCAAAGCUUGCAAUACGGUUUGGCAGGAAUUGGUCACAAUGUGCCAAUAAUGCAACAACAGCGGAAGGAAGAUGACAGAGAACCGGCAGAGGCCGAAGUUACCGCAGUAAUGAACGUUUGUUCCGGUUGUGAAGAAGAACCAUUCGAAAGGGCUUUAAUUCUUUCGUGGCGAUCUGUACCUAAGAAGCUUUACUCUGGAGCUUAUUAUCUGCCCGCACAAACCCAAUGCAGACUUUUCUAAGCUUAUU